AUGAACUUCUACGGUGUGAACGGAAUUGAUGAACUGAACGGACUCGAUAAGGUCCUAAUUGAAGAAAUUGAAAAGGAAACAAAAAACACAGGAGAUAAAAGAAAAUUCGAUGUUUAUGAUGAAUAUGAAUUGCUGUUUAAUAAAAAGAAAAAGAAGAAAAAAAAUGUUCACAUAGAAAAGAAUGGGGUGUCUUCUGCUAAUGUAUAUCCUGAUAACAAUGCACAAGAUAACAGAACUGGUUUUUCUUUAUUUGAUCGAGAAUUUCAUAACCAUUACAUUUUUAACGAUUAUCAUUUUAUGAGGGAAUAUGUUUAUAAGAACAAUUUAACAUCAGAUGAUAUAUUUUUUAAAAAAGAAGAAUGUGAAAUUAGAUGCAUAAAGGAAAAUAAGAAACUCAUUAACAGUAAUGAAGACCUCGAUGAUUUCAUCAAGAUAUACGAUUGCAAUGAUAUCUAUCCACCCAUGUACGUGAAAAAGUUGGAGGAUGAGUCUCGUCAGGAGGUGGGAGGAAUGUACAACAGAAAUGUGAAUAAUGAGAAGGGGAAUCAGAAAAUUGGAUCGGAUGGGAUCAACAGCUGCUUUUUAAGACGAAACAACGAAGGGUUCAGAAAAACGCUCGAGAAAGUAAUACGGGAAAUUAGGGAGGAGGAGCAGAAGCAGGAGCAGAAGCAGGAGCAGAAGCAGGAGCAGAAGCAGGGUCUGACUAACCAAACGGAGCAGAACCCAGGGAACGAGGCAAAAGGCAAGAAAGAAAACUUUACGAAGCCGACCAAGUGCGUAAACUUUGUUGAAAAGUACAGGGCGAAGUACUUCUCAGAAUUACUGACAGACGAAUCAAUCAAUCGAGAAGUGCUAUUAUGGCUAAAGCAGUGGAAUGAAAUAAUACAGAAAGGACCAAGCAAAGCAGAAUCAAUUCAAGGUAACGAUAAAAAUGCAGAAGAAGGGGAAGCAAAGAAGAAUAGUGAUUUUCAACGUAUACUACUACUGGGAGGACCAGCAGGAAAAGGAAAAACAACACUAGCAUAUGUUAUUGCAAAUCAUUUUAAAUUUAAUGUGAUAGAAAUAAAUGGAAGUGAUGAUAGAAACAAAGAGACAUUAAUUCCAUUUAUAGAAUCCAUAGUAUGUAACAAUUCAAUCGGGUCCAAACCUAAUAUAUGUAUCAUUGAUGAAAUAGAUGGAUUAACAAACACACAACAGAAUAUAGAUGCAGUUAUGAAAUUUUUAAGCAAAAAAGACAAAAAAAAUAAAAGUAUCAUUAAAAGACCAAUUAUAUGCAUAUGCAAUGACAUAUAUCAUAAGAGUCUUAAGGAACUUCGAAAGAUAAGUAAGGUUAUAAUUGUGGACAAUGUUAAUACUGAAGUUUUGAAGGGACGUAUCAAUUUUAUUUGCAAUCAGGAAUCUAUUUCCAUAACUAACGAAACUGUUAAUAAGUUGAUAGAUAUAUGCAAAGGAGAUAUACGAUCCAUUUUGAACACCAUUUAUUUUCUGAGCAUAGGUAGUGGGGUCUCCACCACCUCAGAAGGUAACAAUGCAAAGAGUGUUGUUCAUAAUACGCACAUCAGAACAUGCGAAAUUGAUAACCUGAGAAAUGUUCAGGAGGAGACAUCUCACAAAGGAAUUAAAAAAAAGAGAAAAGUGGUUACCAUUGGAAUAGACCUUCUCAAUGAGUACUUGUUUUACAAGGACGCAAACAAUAACUACAUAGAAUUAUUAAACCUGAUAUAUGUAAAAAAUAAAAAUAAAAAGAUGAUAAAGGGAUUGUUAAAAGAGUGCCAUAAUUUUUUUUAUCUCAAUUUAUCGAAUGAAUACAACUACCUGCAGUCUUAUUACUACAUUUAUGACAAUUUGAUGAACAUCUCAUUUAAUGAUUUCGAUUUCUGCAAACUUAGUUAUUGUCUUGAUUUCUUAACCUUUUGUGAUACAAUUGAAUAUAAACAAAAGCAGAUUUUGAAUUACUCUUUACAGAAAACAUUAUUCUUUGCUGUGUUUCUGUACAUUUUAAUAAUUCAUCUUAAUAUGAAUUCACAUGUGCAGUACAUAUUAAUGCACAAUAGUCAUACCAAUUUUAGCAGAACUAAACAAAUGAGCAUGAAACAAAUUAAAGAUAAUUUUAUAAAAGACGAAUUUGGGGUUAUAACAUAUAAAUAUGUAUAUUCAAAACAUUUUUUCUUCGAAAUGAUUAAUUAUAUUUUUUCAUUUUUCUAUAUGAACGAAUUUUUUUACAAAAAUGUUCAUCUCUGGGGGAAUGUUAAUUAUUACAAAGAAUUAGAUAUUCCCAAGUAUAUCCUAGUUCCAUAUAACUUUAAUAAUGUCAGCAAAAUUAAAUUAUUCGCCUUAAAAUUAUUGCAUAUGAUGACUUUGUUUAAUAUUUCCUUCACUAACAUUUCUCUCCCAUCUUCAACAUUCCUCACACAACCCUUUGGAGGAGGAUCUCAUCAAAAUCAGAUGCGUCUUCCUGGAGCGAGUGCAAACGGAAGUGGGUUUGGAAGUGGAGUUGGAAGUGGAGUUAGAAGUGAAAUUGGACAUGGGUUUGGAAGUGGAACCAGCUCGUGGCAUGCUGAGAAGACAUACAUUUUCGACCCAUGUGUAGAUGAUCUGCUACUGUAUGCAGAGAAGAAAAUCAGCGGGUAUAGACAACAACUUCAACAAAUGAAUAAACCAACAAUGAGUGUGUCCUCACUAACGAACUCUUUUAAUUUCAAAAGUUUGGAAUCUUUUCUCACAAAUACUGUGUGUGAAAAAUUAAAUGAAUUAAAAAAAUGGAUUAAUAACCAUUCGAUACACUAUGAAGAUAAAAAAAAACAUACAAAUCAUAUGGAAAUUAUUAAGGCUUCCUCCUCAACUAAGAUUAACAAAAAAACGUUUGAAAUUAAUUACACUCCAAAUUUUGAAAAAUCUCUAACAGAUAUCAUUUUAAUUGCAUAUAAUAGUGGCUAUAAAAAAGCUUUUUAUACGUAUUUCCAAAAUGAAGAAAUAAAAAAUAAUACUACACAUUCUAAAAUGAACACAAAAGGAGAUUUAAUAACAGCACAACAUGGAAAAAGUGAAGACACACCUUUGCUUAAAUCAUUGGAAAAUCUGAAAAGUGAACAAAAAAUAUUAAAAACCAAAAUUUUGCAUAACAAUAGUACUUCUGCUCAUACCAUUACUGAUCUCAUCCAAGUUGAAAAAAAAUAUAUGGAUCUUACCAUUAACAAACAAACGAAAAUUUACUUCUCAGGAAAAUAUGUCAAAACCAAGGGGCGUUACAAAAACAUUGAGGAGAGAUGCAAUGCAGUUCUCCAACCCCUAAACUUUUACAUCUUCCAGGGGAUCUGA